AUGCUGAUGCUUGGGCCCGUGGUCGGCCAUCAUGACGACGACCAAUUGGGCGAACCUGAAGUUGAGACGUCCCGUCCAAAGGACAAUGCUUCUGCUGCCGUCAAUUGCACUGCCAUCGUCCCUUACAUAGCAAAGGGUUUGAGUGAACCUGAGGUUGAGACGGCCCGUCCAGAGGACAAUGAAGCUGCUGUGGCGACACCAUCCAAGCCUGCUGCCACGAAGAGAGUUGUUACGAGCAGCGGUUAUGUCAAAAAGAAGAGAGCAGGAAGCGAAUACGCCCGUGCUAACCAUCGUAGAUUGAAGCUUGUUACCGUCCUUCCCAGCCGCAAGAAGCGGAAGCAUAAGAGUGGUCACGAUGACUCUGACUUUGCUAGUAGCUCUGACUCUGAGGAAAGUGCAUGGGAUCCCAGCUGUGAAAAACCAAAGAAAAAACCGAAGAUGAAGAAAAGGCUGACUAAGCUAUCAGAUUCCGAGGAUAAAGAUCUCGAUGUCGAGGAGGAUAGCAAUGAAGAUCUUAAUCAUUUUUGCGAGGAAGACUUGUGUGGCGUCUGCAUGAAGCAUGGCAAGUUGAUUGUCUGUGAUGGUGGAGAGGUGUGUACGGGUUGUGGAAAAGCCUUUCAUGUCAUAUGCAUCCGUCGCAAAGCCGUUCCGGAAGGGGACUGGAUCUGUCGAGCUUGUUCCAACAAUGCUGGAAUCUCCGUUGGUAUCGAAGGUCAUGAGUUUGCUGCUACUGCUACUGCCCGUUCCGCAACACCAGUCCGUGCCACUGCCACAGCUUCCACCUCCAGUGCCGGCAUUGAGAUUGUGCAUAUGACCACACCCUAUGAAAAGAAAACGAUCAUGGCUAAGGGGAAGAAAGGAAAACGAGUGCCAGGCCGAGUCUAUGCCAUGGAUCGUCCCGACUCUUUCCGGCAGCAGAUGGGAGCAAUCCCACGCACGAAGGUGAACUUGCUCCAGAAGUAUGUGGAGGGUGCUCAACGAAUGGCAACACCAAUCUUGAAGUCUGAUUCAUUCGAUGAAAAGAAUACAUCCGGAAGCUACACAAUUGCUCGUUCAAAUGAAUCAGAUUGGCCUGAUGUCAUGCAUAUGGCUGCGAGCUAUCGAGAAUGGAGAUGGGCAGAACUCAACUGGCGACAUUCUUGCGACUCCUGA